UUGAAUGGUUAAAAAGAAAGUGGAGCCUACAUCUUUCUCAAUGUCGAACAUUUUCUUCGAUAAAACAAGGAAAAUGGUGACUGCUCUUUAUAAAAGUUGAUAACAUUUGAUAUAUGCGAAGCAAUUAUAAUCAGAUGUGUGUUUUUUAUAUUUCGAUAAGGUAGGAAAUUUCUCACCACAUUGGAGUGAUUAAUACCAAUGUUGAGUUUGUCACUGAUUAUUGUGGAUUUAUGUGUUAUUGAAAGGAAAACAUGAAAGAAGGCUAGGUUUAUAGAGUUCUUUAAAAUAGACUGUAACAGUUCACUGCGUUUGUAUUAUAAAUACAGUCUACUGUUACGCUGCUGGAUGAGAGAGUAACCUUUGGUAACUCAAGAUAUAUAUACUUCUAUAAUAUAUUAUAUAUUUAUACUUAACGGUGGACAGUUACAUGUAUAUCGACUUUUCGCCGUGACUAGGCUUAAACAUGUUUACAACCGGAAAUAAACGAAUUCAUACUCGAAAGUUAGGACAGUAUGUGCCAGAAAGUCGGAUUGAACUGCAUGCUGAAAAGGUGUUGUUCCGGAACCAGUCGUCACUGCUUCGAGAAUUAUGUGAUAAGCAAACUCGCCAUAAGAGACGUCAGCAGUUUCAGUUUGCUGACGACUAUAGAGACAACCCCGCCAUUCAAUCGUUAUUUCAACGUACUUCCGUUUCACAGCAUGCGCAUGCUCAGCAAAGUCACGUGACAGGUAGUACAAUUUCACCGGAAGUAAGAUGGCUGCUUACACGAAGCGCACGAUUACAACGAAUAAACAACGCGGGAUAUUCUUCAUUUCAUAAUCGAAUCAAAGAUAAAGUUGUAUCAGCGGAUGGGCGAAACAGGGAAAUAAGUCUUGUUCGACAAAGAUCAAUGUGCUACCGAAAUGAAAGAGCAGAAACACCAAGGCAACAGCGCUUACAAUGCGAUGUGCUGGGGCCACAGUUUUGCACAGACUGCACAGAAAUUGGCGAAAAGGUGCACAUUAUGAAAAAGGAGCAAGAAAAAUUCCCAAGAAUUGAAGUUCACACAAGGUCACUUGUUGCACCGGAAAAGGUGGAGAAGAUGUAUCUAUCGAACCCAAAAGAACUAUUCCACCAAAAGAAACGUUAUGCAUGUGGAUGUACUUAUGACCCGAAAUUGGAAAUAACCACUCCUCUCGUUUACACUCCGCAUGAAGUAUUCCAAAGAAUAAGGAGACGCAACCAAAAGAAUCAGUACAGCGAAAAGGGAGGUACAGUGGAUCACACACAUGCUGUUGAGACUCCUAAAACUGAAAAGGACAAACAGAUUGUGGUAAACGUACCAGAUGAAAAUGUUAAAGCUAUCGAAGCCAGGCCAUCGUUUGUGCAAGAAAAAACCGAACCACCGAUGGAUAUGAAAGUGUCGGUGAAAUUUGUCAACGAAGGCUAGUAGAAUUAUCAAUGUGUAAAAAGAAUGAGUGAAUGUCUACGAGCGAUUCAUGAUCUCGAAUCUGGGCCAAAAUUACUUUCUGCAAAGUUGUUACUGGUUUGUGAGCAGAACAAUUUUGUGACAUACAUCAACGAUCAUCCCAUUAAGUCCUAUUAAUACCCCUCGUCAUGUAUUUCGUAUUUCUACGAGGAAUACGUUUUUAUGCCUUUGUGAAGUGAAUUUUUUGCCAAACGUAACGCAUUUUGCUUAUGUAAAAAGGUAUCGCGAUCAACCGACGUUGGUGUAAAUGUACAUUAAUUUUGUUUUGUCACAAACAAAUUGAGCUGAUUUAAAGUUUCAAAUAAAAUUUGUCAUAGCCAAGGUUUCAUAUGCUCUGCGGUGACGUCGACGUCGUGCAAAAUGAUAAAAAUAUUCAUAUAUAGAGACUGGAAGAUGGGCUAGACCUGUAUCAAUACCUGUACAUGAGAGAAAAUGUAUCGAAUGCAAUAUUUUAGAAGAUGAAUACCAUUUUGUUAUUGAAUGUCCAUUGUAUAAUGAUAUUCGAAACUCUUUAUUGCCAUCCUACCAUUAACGCCAUCCUAGUAUGCACAAAUUUAUAGAGUUAAUUAAGGAAGGAACAUUUGUUUACAAAGCUUUUCACAUUAUGUCAAAUAUACAUUUUGUAACAGUCUAGUAUUAUAGCCAUUGUCAUAAAAUUUAUUAGUUAAUGUGUUACCGCACAAGUACAUAUUAUUUGUAUUUGUCACCAUUGUGCACUUUAUGCCUCAUGGGUCUACGACCUUCUGGUGUAUUAUAAAUAAAACUU